CGUUCUCCCCCUGAUAAACACCCCCUCCCCACACACCCUGCUGGCUGGGAAGAGACGUGAGGGAGGCGCGCUGAGGGUUAGGAGUGGUGGAGCGCAGACGGAAGACAAACGGAGGGAUUACGGUGUAUCCAACAAAAGGAGAUGGCUGUUUCUGUCUCAAGGGACUUAAAGGUCCAUGUGCAGGAAGACGUGAACAAAGUCAAACUAAGUGACAGACAACAGGAGCUGCGCGAUGCCAUACAAAGAGGCGAGCCUAAAUGUCUGGGGGUAAGCCAAGUGAUGCUGGGACUGAUGGUUAUUUCCUACGCCCUGCCCUUACACUUCACUGAGCACACUGAUGUGGUCAUCUUUGGUGUUCCCUGGUGGACUGGAUUAACAUUCAUUGCAGCUGGAACCAUUGCCAUCAUGUUGGACAAACACUGCACAAUGAAGAUCCUGCAGGUGUAUUUGAUAGUGAGCGUGGCAACUGUAGUGCUGUCAGUGGUGGCUGUGAUCAUCUACUCUGUGGACUUGAACAAACAUCCUCAAACUCCCUGCAUCAAGACAAUAAACAACUUCUGUAACGCUGAAUAUGACGCCACGAAAUUUAGCAGAGGAAUAAAGUCAUCUCUCCUUCUCAUCACCCUGGUCCAGGCAGUCAUCUCUUCCAUAUUCUGCUGGCUGCACCGCAGGCAGAGAAGCAACUUUGAACAAUAUACUGCUAUGAGUGAACCAGCUUCCACCUUUAAUGAACUAAAAUGAUGAACAGGAAAUGAAGUCUUGAAGAUUCCUCCUUGCUGAGGUGAUAAGCUUUGCCCAGCUGUGUUCUAAUGACUUACACACGUCUGCUGACUUGUACCCCCUUAAGCGGACUUUGCAAAGCUGUUUCUUCUUUCAUAUUUCUCUUUCAAAACCUGAAGUAUCUGUAUGCUUUAGACUAAGUAUAUGUGUAGGCUUAUGUAAUUUGUACACAUUUUAAAACAAUAUUAAAUAAAAAUAUGAUGUUUUGCAACAUUCA